GAAUACAGGCGAGUUCAUGAUGUCAAGAUACAGAGAAGUUGCUGAAAUUGUUCUCAGAUAUCUAGAGCACCGAGAUCCUCUUGUUCGGCGGAGCAUAACUUCAUUGUUACCGCGGAUUGCUCAUUUUCUGCGUGAUCGAUUUGUUACCAACUACUUAACGAUAUGCAUGAAUCAUAUUCUUGCGGUUCUGCGAAUACCAACUGAACGCGCUAGUGGAUUUAUUGCCCUCGGGGAGAUGGCUGGUGCUUUGGAUGGGGAACUUGUGAACUAUUUGCCAACAAUUAUUCCCCCCUUACGUGAUGCA